GGCCGCACCUUCCUAUUUCUCCCCGGCCUCAGCCCGCCCGCCACAGUUGAGCGCCUGUUUGCCUGAAGUUAAUUUCCAGAAGCAGCAGUCCCCAGAGCUGGCCAGGGGAUGAACCGCGAGGGGGCUCCCGGGAAGAGUCCGGAGGAGAUGUACAUUCAGCAGAAAGUCCGGGUGCUGCUCAUGCUGAGGAAGAUGGGAUCAAACCUAACGGCCAGCGAGGAGGAGUUCCUGCGCACCUACGCGGGGGUGGUCAACAGCCAGCUGAGCCAGCUGCCGCAGCACUCCAUCGACCAGGGGACGAGGACUGUGGGGACCCCACCAGGGGCCUCAGAGCAUCUUCCUCCCGAGGGAAGGAAGACGCCUGUGUGAGAGCACACACAAACACGCAAGACACACUCUGGUCUGCAGCUCCAGCGGAGCCCCUGGGCAAAGGUGAGUUUCUCCAGCCCCCUCUGCUAUCAGGUGUGGAUGCCGGUGUCGCUGGCUGCCCGCUCUCUCUGUACCUGUCCCUCCGGGAAGGGCUCAUGUCCUGGCCCAUGGUGUGUUCUCCACCCCAGCCCGUCCUUGUCAAGGUCCUGGGGCUCCCUCUUGUAACCGUGAUUGCCCUGAUCUGUCUCAUCUUCUGAAGAAGAAAAGUGAAAAUGUUGCCGUGGCUUCUUGUUUCAACUAAAAAUAUACCUGUCGGAGAGAAAAAUUAGCAAUAAAAAUGUUUAAUACCUU